GCAGUCGAACGCCUUCCUCCCGGUCAGUUGCAAAGGGGACUUGCACUGGGUUCCAAAUUUAACUUUUGCAAGGCUGACAACUUAUUUUCAAUUGCAAACAGGAUUACAACAAUGCAGGAGCAGCGCCGGGACAAGUACCUGAACAUCGACGAGGAUCAGAUCCUGCGGCAGCUGUCGGAGAACGAGCUGGAGCAGCUGGACUACGACCUCACGGAGAUGGAUCCCGAGAACGCCCUCCUCCCCGCCGGCCUGCGGCAGAGAGACCAGACCAAGAAGACGCCGACGGGUCCGUACGACCGGGACCAGCUGCUGGGAUACCUCGAGAAGGAGGCGCUGGAGGUAGAGGAGAGGGAGGACCUGAUCCCCUUCACCGGGGAGAAACGAGGGAAGCCCUUCGUGCCGAAGGAACGUGAACUGACGCAGUUCGAGAAGGACGCGGCGGUGAUCCUGGAGCCCGAGCUGGAGGAGGCGCUGGCCAACGCCACCGACGCCGAGAUGUGUGACAUCGCCGCGAUCCUGGGAAUGUACAAGCUGAUGAGUAACAAGCAGUACUACGAUGCGCUGGGAAGCGGAGGGAUCAUAAACAAGGAGGGAAUAAACAGUGUGGUGAAGCCGGACUCCUACGAAUAUAAACCGGUGCCGGAUGAGCCUCCCAAUGCGACUGAUGUAGCGGACACCCUAAAGAGGGUAAAAAGCAACGACAGGGACCUCGUUGAAGUCAACCUGAACAACAUCCAGGACAUCCCCAUCCCGACGCUGAAGGAACUGGCUGAUGCAAUGAAACACAACAGCCACGUGCGGAGCCUGAGCUUGGUGGCAACCCGAAGUAAUGACCCCGUGGCCCACGCUCUGGCUGAGAUGCUGGAGGUGAACACCACCCUGAAGAGCCUCAACGUUGAGUCGAAUUUCAUCAGUGGGGCGGGGAUGGUGGCCAUAAUGAAGGCAAUGAAGAACAACAGCUCAGUGACUGAGUUAAAGAUCGACAACCAGCGCCAUCAACUGGGUGACGCCGCUGAGAUGGAGAUCGCCAGUAUGCUUGAACAGAACACUAACAUCGUCCGAUUUGGAUAUCACUUCACGCAACAAGGCCCUCGAGCGCGUGCGGCUAUCGCCAUUACGAAAAACAACGACUUGCUGCGCCAACAGCGGAGGCGAUGAGGAGGGGGGCCCGGGAGGAGCCCAAACGUCUUCAAGUCUUUGCCGCUCAUCGGACGAUUUCCCAGCGCCCGCUUUGUAGAACCCGCCGGUGUCCUGACGUGAAUCUUUUGCCCUUUUUCUGCUGGAACAGUUUGCCUUCGUCUGGGAUGGUGAGGGACGUUAAGGGUUUUGGAAAAGAAAGCUAUUGUCAAUGAAGCAAGUCCUGAACUUACAACCUCGAGCUUCCUCGU